AUGAAUUUAGUAAAUGAUGAUUAUGAGAAUAAAGGACUAAAAGAUAUGAAUGAUUCAGAAUUUUCAGAAGAUGAAAGUAUAAGAAAAUAUCAAAUCUUAAAUAAUAGUAAUGGAAAUGAUUUAAACGAAUUGGAAACAGUAUUGAAUAACAAAGAUUUAAAUGUAGAAAGUAAAAUUGAAUUUUUUUAUUCUAAAUUAAAAAGUAGUAUAUUUGAUAUAUUUAGAAUUGUAGCUGAUUAUAACAGUUUGUAUGUUAUAAGUGGAGAAGGGAUAAUAGUUUAUGUUUGUAUGUUAUUAUCAAAAUUUUAUUUAUUUAAAAAUGAGGAUGAUCAAAAUAUACUUUCUUUUAAUAACUCUUUAAAUAUUAGUAGUGUAAUAUAUUACAUUGAGAAAGUAUUACAUGAUUUUUCAAAAUGUAAUUCAAGUUUUCACAUCAUAUUUUUUAAUAUAUUUAGCAUAUUUUUUAAAAAGGAAACAAAAUUAUUUGAAAAUUAUAAUUUAAUUAGAAAUGCCUUUAUUCUUCAUUGUAAAAAAAAUUUAAUUCCUUAUUUUAUAUUUGAUAAUUGGUAUAAUGAUCACAAUUAUAAUUUUUAUUUAAAUAAAUAUAAACCCUUAUUUAUGUUUGUUGAAGAUAGUUCUUCUUUUUUGUAUAAUUUUAAUAAAUUUUAUGUAAGUAAUAUAACUAAUGAUGACUUUUUAUAUAAAAUUAAAACAAUUAAUGAUGAGGAAGAAAAGUUACAAAAAGAAAAAAAUUAUAAGGAAUAUUUAAAAAAAAAAAAUAUAUAUGAUAAAUAUAAUGAAGAAAUUAGAGAAAUAUCCUUAUGUUUUUACUUUCUUUUAAUCAAUAAUAUUUUAAGAGAUAUGAAAUGUGUGUUCUUUUUCAAUUUAGAAUCUGAGAAAAAUACUAUAAAUGCCUUUUCAAUAAAUUAUACAGGAAUUAAUUUCAAAAUAGUAGAACAAAUGAAUGAGGAAUCUUCUGAAUUCUUUAAUUUAAAAUAUUAUAAAAAACGUCAAAUAAAGGAAUACAAAGAAGAAAUGAAUAACUUGAACAAUAAUCAAGAAAAUAUUUCUUAUGUGAGUUUUCAAGAUAUAAAGGACUAUGAUUUAUUAUAUAGAGAUGAAGAAAGUUACAAUGAAAAGGAAUUAGAAAUGAUAAACUCAUUUGAAAUGCUAAUAAAUUCUAACAGUAUUAAUUUAAAAGAUAUAGUACUAAAAAUUUUUUAUAAUAAAAGAAAAGAAAUAAUUGAGUUUGAAGAAAAAAAGGAAUAUUUUUUUUUAAUUUUAAGACUUCUUUUUUUGCAUAAUUAUUUAAUUGAAAAGUUAAAUAUGAAAAAUUUGUGUAUAUAUGAUUCACAAAACUUAUGUUUAUCAAAAAUUAUAAAAUCAGCUGUAGAUUUAAACGUAAAUAUGUACUUAAGCAUUUAUAAUUUUAUUUUGAAAAUUCUACAAAAAGAUAAAUAUUGCGAUUCUUUAAAGAAUAUAAGAAAUUCUGACUUACUAAAUUUUUUUAAUGCUUCAAUUCUUCAUAAUUUAAUAAGUUUCAUUUAUUUUAAAUUAAAUCAAAAUAUAUUUGUGAUUGAUCAUGAUGAUUUUAAUCUUGAAGAUAAGGAUUUUUUUGAAAAAUCAUUUCUAAGAAUAACAGAUGGUAGUUUGUCUUUUUUUCCUUUUGAUUUUUCAUUUUUAAAGGAUGAAAUAAAUUCAUUACAAAAACACGAACUAUCUGAUUUUACAAGUGGUUCAAAUAAUAUGAAUGAUAAAAUUAAUAAAGGUGAAGAAACAAAUGAAAAAAAAUCAGAUAAUAUAUAUAAUGAGGAAAAUGAGUUUCAAGAAAAAGAAAGUUCUAUUAAUCUUGAUGUUGUUCCUAUUAAUUUACUUAAAGUUAAAAAUGAAUUUAUAGAAAAUUUUUUUUCCUUAAAAGAUUUAAUAAAUGAUCCUCAUCUAGAAAAUAAUAGGAAAAUAUAUCUUAAAUUUAAUUUUAUAAAUAAAUGUAUAGGAUAUGAUAAUGACUUUUUUGAAUCAUCUGGGAUGCUACAUUUGACAGAAAGAGAGAACAUAAUGGAUGUUUUUAGAAGUUAUAUAAAAUUAUCUUUUAGCAACUCAAAUAAAUUAAAAUUAAACAAAAAAGAUGAAAAAUAUAUAUUAAGAUAUCAACAAAAAGAAGAAAGAAGAAAGGCAAUAAUUGCAAAAUAUUUUUAUAUUAAUGCCUUACAUCAUCCUAUAGUUAUAUCAGAAAAUCAUCCAUGGUUAAAAUAUUACUCACAUAAUAUAGAAAAGUAUUACAUUUAUUUAAAAGAUGAAGAAAAGAGAAAAUGUAUAAUUACUAAAAUGAAAAAGUUAUUUGAUAGUUCAAUUGAAGAGGAUAAUGAAGAAGGAGAUAAAAGUAAAGAAGAUAAAAUAUAUGAAAUUACGGAUAGUUUAGAUGAUGAAAGUGAAAUAGAAACUGAAUCAAAUGUUGAUGAACUAGAUAACAAGGAUAGCAGUAAAAAGUUACAUAAUGAAAAAAAAAAAAAAAACACUAAAACAAAUGUUAAUUCCUUAAAAAAAAAAGAUGAAAUAUUAAAAAAAAAGGAAAUGACAAAUGAAAAAAAAACAUAUGAAGUAGAUUUAGAACGAUAUAAUGUACUGGAAUCAAAAAUAAAUAAGCUAAGUAGUGACAAUAGCUAUUCAGAAAUGAAUACAUGGUCUCUUGAUAUAAUAUCAGGAUUUAACAGAUUGGUAGAUGUUUACAAUUUUAACAACAUUACAAAUUUAAUUAAAAAUGUAGAUCUUCAAAUAAAAAUUAGCAUGAAAGUUUUGACUAGUAUGUUUGAAAUAAUAAUGUAUACAAAAUUAAAAAAUUUGAAAAGUAAUAAACAAAAAGCGGAUGCAAUUAAAAGUGUUAUAUUAAUUUAUAAAUUAACCAAUGAGAUUUUUAACAAAUAUAAAAAUAAUUUAAAAGAAAAGGAUAUUAUGCAAUUGCAGACAGUGUUAUUAUCACUAGGGUUUAAAAAUAGUAGUUAUAACUUAUUUGAAGAAUAUGUAAAAAUAAGAAGGAAAGUUACUGAUGACCUAAAAGAUGAGGAAAUAGAAGAAAAAAAUAAUGUUAAUAAAAAAAAUAAUAUAAAAGGAAAGAAAAAAACUGAGUUAAAAGGCUCAAAUAAAAUAAAAAAAGGAAACAAAAAUAAAGUUUAUAGCGAUGAUGAUGAUUCAUCUGCUUCAUGUAAAUCUCCAAAGUUAAAAAAAAUGUCAAGCAAAGAAUUAGGUGAAAUAUAUAAAUACAAAAUAAAAGAAGUAAAAAAUUACAGUGAAUUAAAAAUCGAUGAAAAAAAGGAACAUGAAUUUCAAUUAUAUUAUAUGUAUUAUUUAUUAGAUAGAACAACGGGUAAUAUAAUGGAUAAACGUGUCUUAUUUACUUUAGAUACAUGGCAGUAUAAUAUUUUAAAUCUGGUGGAUCGAAGAAAGAGUAUUUUAGUUUCUUGUCCUACUAGUAGUGGUAAAACAUUCAUUUGCUAUUAUGUAAUGGAUAAAGUAUUAAGAUUAAAUAAUGACAGUGUAGUUGUAUAUGUAGCACCUAAUGAUACAUUGGCUUUACAAAUAUAUCAUGAAGUAAAUGGAAGAUUUAGCACAAAAGGUUAUUCAAAAUAUAGUGGAAAUAAAUUAUGUUCAUAUAUGACUGAUAAAUAUGCUGAAGAAAAAGCAUUAGAUGCUCAAAUAAUUAUUAUUUUGCCAAGUGUUUUAGAAAACAUUUUAUUAUCUUAUUAUUCUUUAAAUGAUUCAUAUGAGAAUAUAAAUGUGCCUAAAUUUAUCAGUAAAAUUGAAUAUAUAAUUUUUGAUGAAAUUCAUUGUAUUGGAGAUAAAGAGUAUUAUGGCACACAAAUUGAAAAUAUUAUUCAUUUGAUUAAUUGCCCCUUUUUAGCAUUAUCAGCUACAAUUGGUAAUAUAAAAUAUUUUUACUCAUGGCUAAAAAAUGUUUUGAUUAAAAAAGGAAAAAGUUCAAAAGAUCUUCAUUUGAUAAAAUUUUAUGAAAGAUAUUCUGAUUUAAUUUUAUAUGUAUAUACAAACAAAAAUUUGCAUCAUUUAAAUCCUCUAGCUUGUUUAAAUUUUAGAGAUAUACUAUAUAAAGGAAUUAGUAAAGACUUUUAUUGCAAUCCUCGAGAAAUAUAUGAAAUUGUAAAAAUAUUAUUUGAAUUAGCGAAGAAAAAAAAUUUUUAUGAUCUUAUAGAAUUUUUAGAGCCAUCUUUUUAUUUUGAAUAUACUAGGUGUAUAAAUAAAAAACAAUUUAUAUAUUAUAUGCACAGUGUAAAAGAAAUAAUAGUAUAUUUAAUACAAAACAAUUAUAUCAAUAAUUCAGAUUAUGAUAUGCUUAUACAUUUAUUGUUGUCUAAUUAUAUGAAAAAUUCUGAUUAUAUAAAAAAUGAAAAGUCAGAGGAAAAUGAUAUAGAGGAUGAUGAAGAAAAAACAAAGGAAUUAAAAAAAGAUAAAAAUAUCACCAAGCAUUUAUAUAAAAGUACAAAAGAUGAAAAUAUUCCUAAACAGCAGCUUUUUCAAGAAUUAUAUAAAAAUGCAAUAUUAGAUGAAAAUUUUUUCUUAAAUAAAUCCAAUGAUUUAGUAAAAUAUACAGAAACUGUAAAUAUUGAACAAGAAUAUUUAGAUAGUGGGAAAUUAAUUGAGCUUUUGAAAAAAUUAGAGGAUAUUAAUUUUUUGCCAUGUAUUGUGUUUAAUUUUGAAAGAAAAGAAUUAGAAGAUAUGACGAUUAACUUAAUUAAUGAAUUAAUGAAAAGACAACAUGAUAAAUAUUAUGGGGAUGAUGAAAAAACUUUUAAUACAAAAAUGGAGAAUAAAUUGAGACAAGAAAAGUAUGAAAAUUUAUUAAAGCAAAGAGAAAUGUUACUAAAAAUUAAAACAGUAUCUAGAAAUCAAAGAAUAGAACAAAAUAUAGAUAAGCAGUAUUUAGAAAUGUUAAAUGAAGAUGAAAUUCCUGAGCCUCCCCUUGAUAUUUCAGAAGAAUAUGAUGGAGAUUUUUAUUUUUGUAAUAGAAAAGUUUAUUAUAAUUAUGUAUCUGAAAUUGAAGAUUUAAUUAAAGAUGCAGAAAAAGCAAUUGAAGGAAGAAAAUAUAAAUCUAUAUUAAUUGAAGGUUUAAAAAGAGGAAUAGGAUUACAUUACGAAGUAUUGCCAUAUAAAUUUACUAUUAUAGUUGAGUCAUUAUUUAGAUUGGGAUAUAUAAAAAUUAUUUUUAGUAACAAAAAUUUAUCAUUAGGUAUUAAUAUACCAUGUAAAUCUAUUAUUUUUGCUGGUCAUACAUUAGAAUUAAACUCUCUUAUGUUUAAACAAACUUCCGGUAGAGCUGGAAGACGUGGAUUUGAUUUAUAUGGGAAUAUUAUUAUAUGGAAUAUUAACUUUAAAAAUUUAAGAAGAUUAAUUAUAUCUCCUUUGCAAACAUUAUCAGGAUCCUAUUCAGUAAAUUUAACAUCUAUUUGCAGAAGUAUGCUAUUAUAUAAUUGUUUGGAAAAAAAAAGAGAAAUAGAAGACAAUAAUAAAAAUAAAUCAAUUGCAAAUAAACCUAAUAAAAAAAAAAAAAAGGAUGUUACAUUAACAGUUGCAGAAAAGGAAGAGAUAUUUGAAAAAAAUAGAAGUAUUAAUAUAAAUUAUUUUAGUAGAAUCAAUGGAAUAUUAAGUAUUUUUUACAAUUCGUUAUAUUUUAUAAAUGCUUUUCAGGAAAAAAAUUCUAAUAAUAAACAAAGAAAAGAAUUUCCUAAACGCACUAAUUUGACAAAAGGAGAGUUAAAUAAUAGAAAUAAAAAAUCAAUGAAUCAAAAAAGUGGAAAUAUAAACAGUGUGAGCACAUGUACUACUACUAGUUUAAAUUAUAAUGUAAAUGAUAAAGUAAAAAUAAAUUGUAAUCUUGAUGAGAAUGUAGUAAGUUGCGAUGAUAACAACUUAGAUGUAGAAGAAAAUGAAUAUAUUAAAUUCAUAGCAAAUGAAUUCAAUCAAUAUAAAGAAAAGAACGCAUUAUCUAAGUUUAUUAAUAGAAAAUAUGAAUAUAAUGAAUUAUUAUAUGAAUUUAUUGCUUAUAAGAAAAAACACAAAAAUAAUAAUGGAAAUGAAAUGAAAUUAAAAGAAUUGUGUUUUAUGAUAAAAACUCACUUUCUUAUGUUUAUAAAUAUUCUUAUUGAAAUGGGUGCUAUUGAUGAAGAAGGUAAUAUAAUUAACUUAACAGAAUUAUCCAUAUUCUUAAAAAAAGAAUUUGAUAACAAUUUAAUUUUAACAUACUUAUUAAUAAAAAAAGUUAUUCAUAAUUUUGUAGGAGAUAAGACAUUUUUGUCUUCUUCUACAUCUGUUCCUUUAAAUAGAAUAAUUGAUUGCAUAACGUAUGAAAAAAAUUAUUCUCGUAAUAUAAUUACAGAUGAUUUAUCAAGAGGCCAAUUUAUAUUACUCUUUAUUUUUUCCCAUUUUAUUAAUAAAAUAAAAGAAAAUAAAAUAUGUUUAACAAAAAUAUUAAUAAAUUAUAAUAAUACAAAUAAAUAUAAAUUAGAAUUAUUUAGUUCAACUUAUUUUCCUUUAUUGCACGAACUUCCCAAACCUAUACAAAAGCAUAUAAAGCAUCUUGAAAAUAUUGUAUUAAAAUAUUUAAUAAAUUAUUCUUUAAUAGUUUUAAUUAAACUUAAUAUGUUGAAUAAAAAAAAAACAUAUUUGUUGCCACAUACGCAAUUGUACAUUUUUGAACAGCAUCCAUCACUAACUUUAGGUGAAAUUUUUAUUAAGAAGGAUCAAUCAUCAUAUUUUAACUAUUAUCAAUCAAAGAUUCACAAUUAUAAAAUAAGGUCUCCAUUUUUGGCUUCAUUGUACAAGUAUGAUGAUUUUGAAAAUUUAGAUGAGUUACUUUAUACAUCUUUAAAUAAUUUAGAAAUAAAAAAAAAUAUGAUCCCAGAUAUAAUGGAAAAUUGUGUUUCAUUUUACAAGUUUCAAGAUGGUUUAAUAAAAGAGGAAACAAUUUACUUAAAAAAUUCAUAUAUUUUAGACUAUUAUUUACAUGGAAAAGAUGAAAUGAUAAGGAAUAAUAAUAAUCUAGGUCAAUAUACCUGGUACAUAUUGGAUAGAUUUCUUCAUUCAUUAAAGAAUAUAGAACAUUUCUUUUUUGAAAUAAAAAAGGAAAGGCUUAUGUUAUCUUCAGAUGUUUUUUAUACUUCCUUGAGUACAUUAAAAGGAGUUUUAGAAAAAUAUUUUAAAUCAAUUAAUUCCGUACAUACAAAGAAAGAAUAA